UAGAAGGAAAAGUGUAUAGUUACUUGGAAUUGGAAAGAAAGGAAAGAAAAAUGAAUAUGAGUAGGGAUUGGGGUGUGCUUGUAGCGUUGGCGUUGAUCUUGCAAUGGCAUGGAGCGUGGAGUUCCUACGCUGGUUCAGCAACUGCCAUAAUCGAUCCUUCCAAGGUGAAGCAAAUUUCAUGGAAGCCAAGAGCUUUCGUUUAUCAAGGUUUCCUCACGGAUUUGGAAUGCGACCACUUGAUUUCCAUUGCUAAAUCGGAGCUCAAGAGAUCUGCGGUGGCCGAUAAUUUGUCUGGAGAGAGCAAGUUGAGUGAAGUCAGAACAAGCUCUGGCAUGUUCAUUCCCAAAAACAAGGAUGCCAUUGUUGCUGGUAUUGAGGACAGGAUUUCUUCAUGGACUUUUCUCCCAAAAGAAAAUGGAGAAGACAUACAAGUAUUAAGAUAUGAGCAUGGGCAGAAAUAUGACCCUCAUUAUGAUUACUUUGCUGAUAAAGUUAAUAUAGCUCGUGGUGGACAUCGAGUUGCCACAGUGCUUAUGUAUCUUACUGAUGUGACCAGAGGCGGUGAAACAGUGUUCCCUAAUGCAGAGGAAUCUCCACGUCACAGAGGUUCUCAAACAUAUGAUGAUCUCUCUGAGUGUGCCAAAAAAGGAAUAGCAGUGAAACCGCAAAGAGGGGAUGCACUUCUUUUCUUUAGUCUCCACCCAAAUGCUACCCCAGACCCUAUUAGUCUACAUGCAGGAUGCCCUGUAAUCGAAGGUGAGAAAUGGUCAGCAACAAAAUGGAUUCAUGUGGACUCAUUUGAUAAGAUGGCGGGACCUGGAGGGGACUGCUCAGAUCAGCAUGAAAGCUGUGAGAAAUGGGCUGCGCUUGGUGAAUGCACUAAGAAUCCUGAAUAUAUGGUUGGAACUCCAGGCCUACCUGGCUACUGUAUGAGAAGUUGCAAAGCAUGUUAGAAGUUUUACUCAAUUCCACGAUACUUUUGGCACUGACUUGCAAAUUUCUAUCUGUUCUCGAUUUGUAUUA